AUGUUCUCUAGUUCUUCCAUUGCUACACCUCCUCAAGAUUCAUCACUUCUAUUUGAGUCCAAAGGUCCAGGCGACUUAUAUUCCAAUAUCCUUCCUAACCCGUCAAAUCCCAUUGUAGAUCCCAUCGUUCCACCCUUUCCCGGUCGUUACCAUACUCCAGAGUCAUCUGGCAGAUCAAGCACAGUAUCAUACUCCUCCAGUGGUCACAAUACGUCAUCCAGAAGUUCGUUUACUCCUUCGUCCCAAGGUCCGCCCACAGCACCACGGAUAGUCCCUAGCACGUCAGUCGACACUUCCAUUCGAGAGCUGAAGACGGUCAGGCUUCCGAGGGAAUGCCUUCCCCGCUUUGUGUCGAUUGCACGUGUGAACACCUUGCAGAACAGGGAGACAUGCGGUUUGCUGCUUGGCAAGGACAAGGGAAGCAAAUACGUCGUGACCACACUGCUCAUCCCGAAGCAGCACUCAACGAGUGAUACGUGCACCAUGGACGAGGAAGAGCUUGUGCUGCAGUUCACAGAGGAGCGCCACCUGAUAACUCUUGGCUGGAUCCACACGCAUCCCACACAGUCGUGUUUCAUGUCGUCAGUUGAUCUGCAUACACAUUCCGGCUUCCAACGUAUGCUGCCGGAGUCAUUCGCAGUCGUUUGCGCGCCAUCAUCCACGCCUACCUUUGGCAUAUUCCGACUGACAGACCCUGCAGGCCUGCAAACGAUCCUAGACUGUACCAUCAAAGAGGCUUUCCACCCUCAUCCUGAGGUUCCCGUAUACACAGACUGUGAUAACAGUCAUGUGCAGCUCAAAGAAAUGCCUUUGGAAAUUAUUGAUCUUCGUUGA